AUGGGUGGCGGCGGCAGAUACCCGUACCCGAAAUUUGUCUGGUCACCUGCUGGCGGUUGGUGGGGUCAGCCCGCAAACUGGAAGAUGAACACUUUCAUCGUUUCGUGUGGAAUGGCAUUUACAUGUGCCGCAAUUAUCCGCGCAGUCGCGCAUAGAGAGGCGGAACUAGCUGGUGAACCAUUAGAACGGAGACGACUCACUACCACAUGGCGAGAAUAUCUCCACAAAAGAUAUGCCAAACCAGUCGAAAUCAAGGCAGCUGCAGGCACUGAGGGCGAUAAUCCUACAAGUGAAACGAGCGCGACGGAGUAA